AUGGCUCGUGAUGAUUGUUGGUUGGAUGCAAAAUCCCCCAAGAGUGGGGAUGGGCGAAGCGUUCUGUCUCAUGCUGCUGAGUGUGGUCAGGAAGAUAUCGUCAAAAUAAUCCUCCAGGAGACGGAAAUUGGACGCGAUUUUGAGGAUGAAAUGAGCCGAACGCCACUUUCUAGGGCUGCAGAAAAUGGACAUGAUACAAUUGUCGAAAUGCUGCUAGCAUCUGGGGCUGAUAUUGAUUCUAGGGAUGACAAACGCUACGGUCUGUCCCCCUUAUGGUAUGCAAUACGCACAGGGAGAAAGAGCACAUUUUCACUCCUGGUAAAACAUCACGCAACAGUCAAGCCAACGGUCAAGAACGAAAUAGCAUAUUUCACAUUACCUUCAGCGGAGGAUGUAGGGAGUGAUUUUACCGAGCUGCUACUUUUGCAUGGUAUUGCGUUUCGACCGUAUGAUGUGUCGAAUGAGAGUAUCCCGAGUGUAGCCACUGAAAAUGGGGACUGGGACUCUGCGGAUUCCCUGAUAACACACGAAAUAGAUGUUAAGUCAAAAUACCUAUGUGGGAGAUCAUGGCUGGCAGAGGCAGCGGAAAGAGGGGACGAGAUUCUUGUUAGGAAAUUGCUUUCGUACAAUCCGGACACAGAAUCAGACGAGUUUUAUGUGUCACCCAUCUACAAAGCUGUCAAAAACGGAUACGGCAAGAUUGUUGAGCUUUUACUUGACCACGGGGCCCUUCCUGACCUCAGCAAUCAUUACUGGAGGGGGCUUGAUAACCUGCUUUUCCUCGCUGCAAGAGAGGGACAUACAAACGUUGUCAGGCAGCUGUUAUCUUAUGGCGCUGAUCCUGACGGUCCAAUCGAGGAGGGCGAGUCGUUGAUAUACCAGGGAGCAGAAAAUGGGUGGGGGGAUAUUGCGCACCUUCUUCUUUCCCAUGAUGCUGACCCUAACCUUGAAUCAUCAUAUGGCAACACUGCCCUGUUUGCAACGAAGGGCAAAGAAAUGGCCAAGAUAUUGCUUCAGUACGGGGCAGACCCCAAUAUUCAAUCCAGCAAAGGUGCUUCCGCAGGCGAAGUGCUGAGGGAAAAUGGCAUCUUCAUAGAGGAAAUACACAAGGAGGCUUCAGUGAAUGGGAAAUGA